AUGCCACUGACUGCUGCAAUAAAUUACCCAGAAAUUCCACGUCUAUUCUUUAAUGCUGGCGCUGGUCCUAACAUCCCCAGCCAGCAGGGCCAAUCACCAAUCUUCAUUGCUGCUAUGCCGGGUAGCGCAAAAGUCAUUCAAAGCCUGAUCAAGAUUGGCACUGACCCAGAAAUCUUUGACAGCUAUGAAUGGACUCCUAUUUGUGCCACAGUUGACUGUGGACACAACGACACCAUUUUACGAGUCCUGAUUGGUGGUGGUGCAAACAUAGCCGACACUAUUACGGGCAUCGGUAGCAGGCCGCUCCAUUUGGCCGUCUACAAACCUCCCCAUGUUAUGCAACUUCUCCUUGAAUUUGCAAAGCGGUUAGAUUUGAACUAG